AUGGCUUCUCAAGCCUACUCCACGAUUGCUGACCUGGCUUUCGAAGUCCUCUCCUGCGACCGAUCCGCCUCUCAACUCGCCCGGAACAUGUUCCACAACCGCGCAUCUAUCUCCGAAGCCUUCGACUAUUUUGCGGUUCUGUUUCCAACAUCUUUGCUCGCAAUUCUGCAAAGUUCCGUGCCGCCUUCUCCAGAUUCUCUCUUGGCCUGUUCGCUUCCUCUCGACAUUAUCUCCUCUUCUACGUGGAUUGUCUAUCUUCACUUCAUGGAGAAGGAUGGCGAGCUGUUCAUCAACGUCUACUGUGGAUCCGGGACCGCUGACUCUGGCGCGAUCACACGGAUCAAGCAAUACGAAAGUUACUUUGCCGGCCGUGCUAAUGGUGCUCAAAUUCCAACGUGCAUCAAAGACCUGGUUGCAGAAGGUUACGUUCUGAAAGGAACGUCAUGUCUGGCCGCAAGCACGAUUUUCAGUGACGCGGCUGACUUCAACUUCGAGCGAGCACUGAUCCUACUCCUGGAAUCAACAUUCACAACGAAGCUCUGGUUCUUUAAGUCAGCAACCUUUGGAUCAGUCACUCCUUUGUCACUCUGGCCACAAGCAACACUUCCAUAUCGCGGUCUGUGUGGCACGUCGGCAGUUCGGGAAAUUGCCCCGCCAAAAGUUUUCGACGUGCUCAGUGUUAAAGAUGAGAGCACUUACAAAGAGAGGGAGCAGGACAGGAAAGAGAGGCAGAAGGUGUACAGCGCAAAGCAGCAUUCGGUUACGCUUUAUUGCGAAGAAUGUCCUCAAGGAUACAAAACAAAGUAUGAGCACAACAUGAAAAGGCACAAGAAAGUAUGUGGACUUCCCAGAAAGCCUAGGGGAAGGCGCAGGACGAUGAGGCAGAUCGCACUCGACAAGGCUGCAGCAGAAGACAGAGCGGAGUCAGAUCGAGUGGAGUUGGCGUCAGCAAGUCAUGCGGCUUUGUCCGAUGACGAGUGGAUAGGAGAUUAG